CAUCAGCAUCAGCUGUUUCGGUAUUCACGAUAUUUAGUAGUACUGACAAUAUGAAAUACUCCUACAAUAAGAUUGGAAAAUUGGAUAAGUAUUAAGUAGUUUAAUAUUUUCAAUUUUAAUUGCAUGUUAAUUAAAGUAGAUUACGUCAAAGUGUAUCAAUUGGAGGUUAUGGCGAAUGUUUUGAUCUGUUGAUAGCAUUUUGCACACUUUGAAUCACUUGUCUAUGGAACGAGAACAUACAUAACCAAUUGGUAUUAAGAACUAUUGUACCCUUUGUUUCAUAAUUAUCAUUAAUAAUAAAAUGAUCGCAAACGAGGCUCGUGUGAUAAGUGGUAUGGUCUCAACGCCACCUUGGGAGCACGUAUGGUUCCCUGUCAUAAACGCUCUAUCGAUAAUCAAUCACAUUCACCGGCCAUAAUUCAAUGGAGAUAAACUCAUUUGAUCAUCCCACGUCUCCGAUUUUCCCAAUAAAAAUGCAAUAGGCCGGUGUUGCUGUGUCCAACAGAAUCUGCUAAAACCUCGGAAGUGUACAUUUAUUAUCCUAAAACCCAAGCCUCUGAGACCAGCUUUAAUUGUAUGAGGAGAAAUUGAUUGAUUAUUGCGUGCCAGCGAAAUUAUCUAGCAGUUCGUACUCAAUUAUGUCGAAGGGCAGUGUAUGCACGAUAAUGGGCCGUCCUCCAAAGGUUCAACGACAUCAAGCCAUACAAUGUUUUAUCAAAUUUAUGGACAUAUUACAAACCAACGAUUUUCCCGUGGCAUCAGAUAAAGUAUGGAGGGAAAUGAGUAAGGAGCUCAAGGAGAAGUGGACUGCGCACUCUGUAUACACUCAUGUCAGAGACAACAAAAACGGUUGCCUGCAGGAGGCUCGUAAAAUUUGUUGGGUCACAACACCACCACCCCUAUCACGGCCUCGGAGCAGAGCUAAGCUCGAUGACACUCUCCCUGAAUGUUCCACUCUCUUAGAUGAUUCGUUCGAUCCUACUGAUCACGUGUUUGAGCUUGAAAACAUUGAUCCCUGUCUAGAAGAAUUUGAUAUCUUCCUGUCACCUGAAGACUGGGAGAAAAUAAAACCAGAGAAUCUGUCAGAGCCUGGACUAACACGUUUAAAGGCAGGUGUCUGGCCUUACGUGAUAAGUAAUGCGUUCUAUCAAAGGUACAAGAUCCCUUGUGCCAUGAUUGCGAAGUGGUCCCAAGUUCGUGUUGAGGAAAAUGGCUCUUUCAAAUUAAGUUUCCACGCUAUCUGUAAGAGUGAAAAGUGUGGAAAUGUCUUCUCCGGCAGUGCCAACGAGCAGCCCGUCAAUGGCAAACUUACCUUGAAGGUACGAGCACGUGACACCCGCGGUCAGCCACACGAAGAUGUCAAACGCCCUUUACGAGGCUCAGAGAGAGCUGAGGUGGCUCAAGAGCUACUGAAGCAACGGCCGGAAAACUAUCGGCGGGAGUUGCUCCGUAAAGGUAUGGAUUUUGGCCAGUCAGUUCCACCAAACAUUCGCCCGGGCAACAUAUAUCGCCAGGCGAGAUACGAGGCUCAACAAAAACUUGAUGGGAUCCUCCCGGGGGAUAAGAGAGAUCAACUGACGAUACUCAGAGAUCUUACCGCAGAUCCAAGGUACUCCCACAUCAUCAUUGAGCUAGCCUUGAGCCCAUUCCACUUAAUGUAUUGCACACCGGAACAGGUGUACUCAUACAGAGAGUACUGUCGCCUAGUGAAGAAUUCAAUCGUCAUGGCAGAUGCAACAGGCUCACUGGUGAAGAAGUUUGAGAAAGCUCUUGGGUCUUUCACAGGUCAUAUAUUCCUUUAUGUACUGACCAUAAGGUUUAAAAACAAGACCUUCCCAUUUGCGCAAGUUUUGGCAGAUAAGCAAGACUGUCCUUUCCUCACGUAUUGGAUGGGAAUUCUCGCGACAAGAUUGGGAUUACCACCACCCAAACAAGCUCUCAGUGACCAGGAACGUGCGCUGCUCAUGGCACAUUGCCAAGUUUACAAUGGUCGUACCAUUAAGCAAUACGUUGAUGAUGUUUUUACUUGGGGGUGUGACGAGAAUAACAAUCAGGGCAAACCUUUCCCUGCUCCGACUGUUAUUCGCAUCGAUGUGGCUCAUUUCAUGGCUGCCGCAGCUAGGUGGAACUGCUUUAAAGACCGAGACAAAUUUCGUGCCAAGCGAUUCUAUGUCAGAACGAUUGCUUUGCUUGUUGACUGCCAGUCGAUACAAGAGUUCCAACUCGUUUUCCUUCUCAUCUGUCUCGUGGCGUUAAUGCCUGUGAAUGAUCAUGGGAUUGACUUGCCUGAGAAGACAAAUCCACUGGUCCACCGUAGUAUUCAUUUGGGGAUAAGAAAAAUUACGGCGGACCAGGCCCGAGCAAAACUAGAGCAAUACAUUGCUCUACGUGGUCUCAUAAUCGACAAUCUACAGGAGCACAGUGAGAACGCGGAGAUGGAAAUUACGGCCAACUUUCAGCACCUCCCGGAAGAAAUUUCUACCAAGAAGAAUACCCUGACUCAUCAGUGGAUUAAGGAAUUGAUUUCUCUCGUCAAGCCAGAAAAUCCUGAAACUAUCGUUGGGAAUGUAGAGAACGGACUCUAUCUUCCUCCUCUUGUAGUAGAGUUGGAAAGAAUUGGUAAAGAAUUUGUUCUGUGGAGCUCUGCUGUGCUACCGCCGGGAAUGGACAAGUCACAUGCCUCGACUGCGGCGCAGGAGGGUUAUUUUAAUGAGGUCAAACAUCGUUUAUUUGAAGGGACGAAAUUACCUGUCAGCUGUAAUCGUUUCUUUCGAGCUCAUGUAGAUGACAUCUCGGCUGGAGUCAGAGAAUUAGGAGCCAAUUUGAUAGAGUUUGCACACGAGACAUUUGAUACAUGUGAGGGAAUGAAGCCCGAGAAGGAGCCGAUUGGAGAAAAUGGUGCCACUAAGUCAGAUCAGAAUGAAAGGAGGAAAGAGAAGGUCGAUAGAGGGAAUCUAGAGAGUGAAAAAGAGAAGAAAAGCGACUGGGAUCAGGUAAUUCCAGAAGUUGAGACUGAAUCCAGGGAUGAGGUAAUUGCAGAUGUUCUUGAGCCUGAACCCAAGGAUGAGGUUAUUCCAGAUGUUCUUCAGCCUGAAUCGAAUGUAGUUUCAGAAGACGUCCAAUUCAUUAAUGAUUCAGACUUUCGUUCUCAAAUGAGAUGGCGAGGGAUUAAGAAUGAUAAAAAUGGAUUUUUAUGGCAAUGUGGCGAUGCUUACAUCGAAAUUGAGGAGCUAUCACAAGAAUCAUUCGGCGCUCAAUUGUACACACAAGAAAUUGAUUGUGAUAUUUUUGGGCUGGAAAAUGCUGAAUUACCAAAACUUGUUGGAGGAGAUCUACUUGAUGAAACUCAUGCAGACAACAAUAAUAAUCAACCAUUGAUUGACGCUAAACACAAAACUAAUAAUUCUAAUCCCUCAAAACCAGAAUCAUCAACGCCAGUGAUAGAACAACCUCAAUUUUCCAGUACUUUCUUGGACUUGAAUGGUAAUGACUCAUCGCAGCUUCUGGAGAUGCUCUUAAUUGACCAAGUGAAUGGAAAUCCUCGAGAAUUGACGCCAAAUCCCCAUCGAUCGAGCAAAGCACGGAGAAAGAGGAAGCGCGGUGGCUACUUUGAACCAUGUCCAGAGAUCGCAGACAUGAACAGACAGACUAGUGUCAGGAAACCUCGUCAUUUCCUACAGAAUGGUCUACACUGUCCCGUAGUCAAACUGAAUGGAAUAGGAAUCUACGUCAUAAAUACAUGUGCCUUCGAUAGUUUCGUCCACAUUUUUCUCUAUGCAGUUUAUGAUAAUGAAGAUUAUCGUACCAUGGUGGAAUCCUCAGAGGUAGGAUUAUUCAAAUUCCUGACACAGUUCCUGAAACACGGAUCUUUGGUGAAAGUUCUCCAACAACGCUGUUCUCUAUUAGCUGCUCACUAUGAAUUACGUCCGUCUAAAAAUUCCACGAGACUGACACCAGUUACCCUAAAUGCCGAGGACUCAUUAGCCAAUGUCUGGCAACAUUUCUUCGGCGAGCCAGUAGCUAAAAGAACCACGGAAUGUUCAAAUAUCUAUUGUUCCAUUGGUCAAACGACUAAUGUGCCGUAUUUGAUUGUAAGCCACCAAACAAUUUGUGAGCAUGGUUUUAGGAAUCUGGAGAAGGCCAUCGAAAUUAUUCAUGUAAAACAAUGCAAGAAACUCGGAUGUGGCGGACUCAUAACAGUAACAUUGAACUGCCAGGACACGGUAUUCAUUGAACUGGACGUAGCGGACAUUACCCGUGGAACAAGUCUUGGCUGUUGUUUGGAGGACUUCCCUACUCAUUUGAAUCUGGGUAAAGUUUACAGGUUAAUAGGAGUGAUACACUUCGAGCCCAGACACUUUAUAGCAUACGUCCGACGACUUCAGGGGAACUGGAUAGAGUGCGACGACCUGAAAACAAUGAGCAGUGCUGCUCCUGCCACCACCCCCGUGCGACCCUUCGGUGCUGUGUAUAUUCGGUCUUAAAGAAAUUAAUAACUAGAAGUAAGAAGAUAUUUACAUGUAUUAGAAAAUCUAAUCGUUCCGAACGAAAACUAUGCCAAUGAGUUCAAAGAGAUAAAUAUUAACAAUUUAUCGAGUUCCUAUCUGAAAGAGAAACAAUCUCUUUUCUACAUAGAUAGGACUAGCAAAGAAAAGACUGUUAAACUACCUCAUUAUAAGAUUUAUAAACUCUUAGUGCAAAGAGAUCUCGUUCAUUAGGCAGGCACUAUAAAAUAGUCCCACGAUUUUUUCCUGGAGACUUUUCUGGGGAUGAGGGUUGAUGGAGAAGUCAGGAAGAUGGAAUUGUUGACACAGUAACAAAAUUAAUAUUGUUUGUUGAUGGAGGUUGGGACGUUAGUGGUUGAUUCCUGAGUUUGGUUUCUGAUUCUUCCAUUUCACACAAAUUACGCAUGUACUACUGUGUAUUUUUGAGAGAGACAAGUGAUCCCUCAUGUAAUUUUAGGGUAGCCGGGACUUUCUGCAGACCAGGGAUUGCCAAUACCAAAGUCUUAAAUAAUGAGUACAUUGUGAUUGAUUAGUUGAACUAAGUCACGUUUUCAGUCAUUGCAAUAUCCCUGAUUGAAACAACUAUUCCUAAUAUGAUUUGUGGCUAUUUUUAUGUAAAUUGUGAUCCACCGAACCACAAUAUCAAUAUGUUAAAACAUGGCAUGAGAGAAUCAGAUUUGUUUAGCAAUUUCCCAUUCUUCUCUUGAGUAAAAAUAAGACAAAUAUUUUACUAAUUCCCAAAGGUCUCUUAAGCUAGUCACAUUCUGAGGUAAUACUAGAAGAUUCUCAUAGGAAAACUAAAGAGUAUCGCAAGGUGUUCAUUUUUUGUUUUGUUAACUUCAGAAAUUGUUAUACGUGGAGUCAAUGAAGACUUGGUAUUACGUAUAUAUAAACUUGUAGAAGAGAGUUCCAUUAGCGAGGCUCUAAUCUAGAAUCCAUCGUAAAAAUAGUUCAACAAUUGCAUUCGCCGUUGAAACCUCACUGAUGUGAAUAAAAGAUGGUCAUGCACACACUUACACUGCGCAGAAUUUAUUUUACGUACUCCAACUCCAAGUUUUGUGUUUAUUAAGGAACUACAAGAGAGCGAAGUCCAAUAGGAAGCUCAUGCUUCUCUAUCACCUUGAUCUCGCAUUUUCUGACUCAGAUUAUUUUUCAUUGUAUGGAGUCUGAUAACCAUAGAUUUAACCGGGAUCGAUUCGGUGCAACAUUUUCCCUUCCUUUUUUCCUCUCCGAGUCAUUAUCAGAAUGAUCAUCACCAUCCUUCCGGUUCCUCUUGAAAUUUUCUCCCAAGUCAUCAUCCCCAUUCUCAUCAUGCGUCUGUUCCGCUCUUUUCCGUUCCUUCCUCCUCAUUUUUCUCCAUUUUUCUCCGCAAGUAAAGGAGGCAUCUCAGUAAGCAUGGACAAAAGUAUGAACGGAAUUGGAUAAUUUAUUAUGGCAUGUCCAAAGUAAUAACAUAUUGUAAAAAUGCUCUUUUUCAGUAUUUCGAAACGAUUAAGCGACUUUGUCGAAAUUUCAGAGGGAUCCAAGAGAAUCCAAAACAAUCUCAAUGCAUUUCGAAAUAAUUUUAAUGAACUUAGAGAAAUAUUAGAAGCAUUUAGACCCCAAUGGAAGACCCCCUUGGGAAUUCCAAGGUACCACGAAGAGUUUCCAGAAAUUUUCCAGGAAAUUCAGAAAAUGCAGGAAAUUUCCCCUGUCAGACUUCAUGAAAGCUUCGGAGAUGUUCGACUAGUCCUUAGGAAUUUCAAGGGACUCAAGAUUAUUCUACAAAUAUAUUUCCAAGAGAAUCCAAAGAAUUUCCUCGAAGAUUUUCAGAAAUUCUCUGGUUUCCUCGAGAUACCCAGAAAAUCCGGCUAUUUUCUGGAAAAAAGUAAGAAACUUCUAAGAAGAGCGUGAGUCUUAAUUCAGAGGAAUUUUUUCUGAACAUUGGGGAAUGUCUCCAUUUUCGUUCCAGUAGAAGUCCUCGAAUGUGCUACAGAUUUCCGGAAAUUCUUGCAAUUUGGUAGACUUGUUUCAAGUUCCGCCGAACCAGAAAAUGUAUGGAUUCCCUACCAGUCGACUACUAAAUAUUCGAAACUGAAUAUCCAAAGACAUAUUCAGCAUUCGAAGUAAUAGUGAAUGUAUUGUAGGAGUAUUUCAUAUUGUCAGUACUACUGAAUAUCGUGAAUACCGAAUCAGCUGAUGCUGAUGGUACACAUAUAAACCCUCGGCCGUAAGGGCGUAUGCGCAUGCGCAGCCUGCCCCCAGUCACAAUUAGAAAACCAUUAAUUAAAUAAUAACAGUUAAUUCCUAAACUCUGAAUUAAUGUUUUUUAGACUUCCCAAAUUAUGUUACAUCGAUCUAUGCAAGUCCGAUUAAGAUUCGAACUUACCACCUGCUAACUAUACGCCAAUAAAAGAGUCAUUAAUUAUAAAUAAACUAUUAGUUCCUAAACUAUGCGAAUGUAUUCCUAAACUUUCCUAAACUAUUCCCAAAUGAUUGAGAUUAGAUUCAUCUCAAAAUUCGUUAAUUACCUUCUAACUAUGUGUCCGUGAAUUUGUUAAUUACGAUCUACCCCCACCCUCAGCUGAACGACGAUUCCUGUAAUACCGACGAUAGUAUUGACUUCUAUGUUGGUGUGCUUGUAAAAUCUAGUGAAAAAUUUGAAAGUGAAUGGAACUUGCAUCUGUCAGUCCUCUGAAUCCCGAGAAACUGCCGUAAUAGUAUUUGAAGAAAUGUAUGGUGAUGUGACUCAAAUAAAAUUUAACACAAUUAUGCUUCAUUUCUCAUCAAAACAUUAUUAAUUUUUAUUGGCCAUCAAUCCAUCCAAAACUCAUUUCUAUUUUAAAUAUUACUAACAACAAUACUGCAGUAUAUAUAACUUUAUGUAAAAACCGACGAAUAAGUCAUCCAGAUGAACAAGUGGUACUUGUCAAGGGUAACAAUAAUGGUCUAUACAGUGGGUGGAAAAAUACUUUUGGUCGAGCCCCCGCUAUGAAUCGAAACUACAUUAAUCCUAUUGAACAAUCUGUGAAUUCCACGAAUAUUUUCGUAUACCAGUAUACGGCGUGCGCAUUAACACAAAGAAAUUGUAAAACAAAUGAACAAUCGCCAGACUAUCAGAACUUCCCUGAUAGAAAUAAAAUGCCAUUGUCAUCAAAUAGUAUCGAUAAAAUUGUAAUCAAUUCCAUUGGAAGUAGUGCAACAUUGUAAGGCUAAUGAAAGACGCCCUCAGGAAGGACUUUCUCCCAUUCUUCCCAUUCAGAACCCUUAAUUGAGGGCAGUAAAUCAAGAAAACGUUGCAAACUUCGCAAAAAUUUUGUGCCUCAUAAAAUGUUUCUGAAUUUCGGUGAUUCGUGACACCUUAAGCGGUGGAAAUAAAUAUUAAAAUCAUUAAUGAAUACCUCCGCUAAUUUUGCUAAUCGUCAUUCAUCCAGUAGUAAAAAAAACAUUUGUGUCAUAAACAUGGCAAAAAACGAUACUGCAGUGUACAUAGCUUCAUACAGUAACUUCGGUGAAAAAACCGUCCAGAUAAACAAGUGGUACCUGUGAAUGGUAAUAAUAAUGGUGUAGACGGCCAGUGGGAAAAUCCUCAACAUCGAGUACCCUCGAUUAAUCGAAAAUAUAUCAACCCUACUAUAACAACCUCCCUGAUUGUUGCAGGUACUUUUAUAUAUAAGUAUCAAGUACGCUAGAAUUGGCGCAGAGUAUGUAUUAAUGCACAAGUAAAUUGUCGCUAAAAAAGGCCAAUAAGACUGGAGCCCCACGUAUCCAGCAGCAACAUCAACAGUCGCCAAACUAUUAGAAUUUCCCUGAUAGAAAUAAAAUACAUUUCCUACCCAAUAACUCACAUGAAUUAAAUACUCUCCAUCCCGAUAAUUUUUCAUUAAAUCGUAAAUCACUAGAAUUGUAAUUAAUUCCAUGGGAACUAGUACAAUAUUAUAAGGUCGAUGAAGAAGCGUCACCACCAUUAUCCAUACCUGAACUACGCUAAAAAUUACUCUCUGCAGGAAUUUUUUCUUCUCAUUCCUAUAGCACAGAAUUCCUCUUCGAAUGGAGUAAGCCAAGAAUACCAUUAGAAUCCCCCAAAAAAAUCGGACCUCGUAAACUCCUUUCGAGGGCGGAUAAAGCGUAAUAAAAUUUGCAACAGAAUUAUCCGCUGCAUGUCUCAAGUACACACAGACCCCUAAAGUAAGAUAAAACCCUAGCGUGACCUUUCUCGAUCUCUUGUCCUCGCAGAUGAUCCCAAUGAACAUUAAUAAACCAAGGGACAGUAUAACGGUAAGACUCAUAACUAAAUUUGAUUCCUGGCCUCUUAUCCAGUUGCUAAUGUCCGGCAAAUGUGCGUACUUAUUACCAGUGCUAUUCAACUUCCGGAGAACUCGGUGCUGAGUCAUCAAGAACAAUAUCUUCAUAACACUAGUGACAUCGGUGCCCUUGAGCUCAUUACGAUAAUUGUGAUAAAUCUUUCCGAUUUCUGUGGAUAAUAGAUACGUCAGUAAAGUUCCCCAGAAGAAAUACCAAGUUUGGUGCUCCUCCUCCACAAAGCUGCUGCUAGAUAAGCUAAUCCCAUAAAAAACCAUA